UCUGUCAAAACAGCAGUGAAACUGUGAAAAGUGUUUACAUCGCUAGUAGAGCUAUUUUCAAUUGCUUUUUCACUUAAUUAUUGACACUUACGACUUCUUAGCCUAAAUGUUUAUUACCUGCAAGUAGUCAUUUCAGUUAAUUCAUUGCUAAAAAGAAACAACUAAAUGAUUGGUGGAACAAAUCACAACGAUUAUUUAUUUAUACUCAGAUAGCAAUCAGAUCGAAUGGGAAAUACAAACACCAGAAAAUAUCAUUAUGCCCAUCGACAAUAUGCCAGUCAGUAUAGCAUUAGUGAUAUUAUAAGUGGAAGAUGGGGAAGGUCAUCUAGAACAUCUUGUGAAGAUCUCAGACCUUGGUCUAGAUUCUCUCGAAGAAGUUGGAGUGUUAACACUUUAAAUGAUUCGUUUAAUUUGUCAAAGACUGCCUGGCCUGUGCCAAGAUUUGAAGCUAUUUUUUUACCAGAAUUUCCUGUUCGAGAAACUCCCUUAAAAAAUGACUAUAUAUUCAUUGAUAUUAUUUCCAAAGGGGCUUAUGGUAGAGUGUACAAAGUAAAACAUAAGGAGACAAAAGAGGUUUUUGCUUUGAAAAUAAUUAGUAAAGCCAAGAUAGUUGCUGAAAGUGCAGUGGAACAAUCCAAACAAGAGGUAUCGAUACAAAGAGCAGUUGGUCAUCAUGUGUUUAUAGCUAAUUCUCCCUAUCACUGGCAAGGAAGAAAAACAUUGUACAUAUUAACACAAUUCAUCAGUGGAGGUGAAUUAUUUUCUCUAGUCGAACAAUAUGGCUGUUUACCAGAAGAUGUGGUAAGAAUAUAUGUUGCUGAAAUAGCUCUUGCAUUAGAUUUUUUACAUAAUGCAGGAAUCAUACACAGAGAUUUGAAAGCAUCAAAUAUUUUACUUGAUCAUGAGGGCCAUGCAAUGUUGAUAGAUUUUGGUUUAGCCAAGUGGUUGCGACCAAUGCAACGGACUGCAACAGUAUGUGGAACAUUUGAAUAUAUGGCUCCGGAAAUUGUAAAAAGACAGUAUUAUGGACAUGAAGCUGACUGGUGGUCAUUGGGUGUGUUGGCUUGUUUUCUGCUAAUAAACAAGUAUCCGAGCAAGAACGUCACGAGUGACCUAUUGGAGAACACCGAGUUCGCUGCCGUGAGUUUUGGUACGUUGCCCGAAAACCUGGACAACAUUACGCCGGCUGCGAUUGAUUUGCUCAAAAGACUUUUGCAACCGGAGCCAAGGUUGCGUAUCAGGUCUGUCAUGAUGCUACAGCGCAUUGCAUUUUACAUGGGUCACGACAUUAGAAGUUAUACCGAGAAAAAGAUGUCGCCAUUUAGACUGCUAGGAAGAAAGAUCGAGUCGACCGAAACUUCGUCUAUCGAGGAUAAUUUCUAUGAUUUCGAUUCUUUUGUGGGAGCCGGCAGUACUAAUCGUACCUGGGCUCUCUCUACAAACAGCAGUAGAUAGUGAACGAUUACCGAUUGUGUUUCACGAUAAUGUUCGAUAUUGUGAUAUUUCGUUUUUAGCCGUCCUAUUACGUCAUGCUGCGAUAUUAAUUUUUAACUUACUGAGUUUUAUUUAUGUAUUGCUUAAUUUUCCCGUAAAAAGCAUAACUCUUUUUUAUGCUGAUUAUACAUUUUAUGUAUCAUGAACAAUUAUUUAUCGUCUUCCAUUUAUACUUCAAAGUACAAAUUUAUAUUUACAUUGUUUACAAAUAUAAAAACUCUUUCCGUGAUACGCUAACAUAAAUAACAUUAGCAUAUCCUAAUUAUAUAUUUAACGUCUGUAUUGCUGAUCAAAUUUGCACAAUUGUGAAUGAAACGAAAAUAUAGUAAUAAAAUCUUUUCACUUUAUACAAUAUUCUUUGUAUUUGAAUUUCUUGAAUGUAAUUAUGAACCUAAUAAAAAUAUUCCUCUUCAAUCAAAGUUUCUUAGUCAAAGGAUUCAAAUAUAGUUUACACAAAUUCCAAAUCAGUUUACAAAAGUUUUAAUUUUUUUAAGAAUAGUUAACAGUAUUUUUGUUUGUUACAAUAUUUCAUUGAUAAUACAAUAAAUUGCGAUAAUCGUGGUGCGUAUAAACUAAUAACAAAAAAUAGAAAUGGUUACUAAUCCAAAAAGAAAAAAAAAUGAAACGUAGUGUUUCUUGGAAAAUCGCUUGAGUAGAGUGAUCCGCGAUUUUUAUUUAUUUUUUUUUUU